AUGGCUUCGGAGCGUGACUUGACUGCACUUCCCAAGUGUGAUGAGACUGUGGUUGUGACACGCGACACCAUUGAGCACGAUGAUACUACUCCCUCGUCGGAUGUGUCGUCGAAGCGACAAAGUCUGUCUGAUCUCUUCACUAUUUUUGCUAGUGGGUUCGCAUUGAUCAGUGAUGGAUAUCAGAAUAACCUGAUGACGAUGACCAACGUCCUCCUCAAGAAGGAAUACCCGAAGGAAUACACCACUACUGUCAGCACACGUGUUUCUAAUGCUUUGCUUGUCGGCGAAGUUAUCGGACAGGUCAUCAUCGGAUUAACAUGCGACUAUCUCGGUCGUAAGACCGCUAUUGUCUUCACCACCUUCAUGAUUGUCAUCGGAGGGAUCCUCGCCACAGCCUCCCAUGGCGUCACAAUCGAGGGCAUGUUCUGGAUGAUGACGGUUGCCCGUGGUAUCGUUGGGUUUGGCGCUGGUGGCGAGUAUCCAGCAUCCUCGACCUCUGCCUCGGAAGCAGCAAACGAUCUAACCCCCAAGCACCGAGGACCGGCAUUCAUCAUGGUGACCAACUUCCCCCUGUCAUUCGGGGGCCCAUUCGCAGUAUCGAUCUUCUUAAUUGUACUCUCCGCCUGCCACCAGUCUCACUACAGCACCGUGUGGCGAGUAUGCUUUGGCAUAGGGUGCAUUUGGCCGCUGUCAGUAUUCUAUUUCCGCAUCCGCAUGCUGAACUCCCUUCUGUACCGACGCGGCGCAAUCAAGAAGCGCGUGCCCUACAUGCUAGUGCUACGGUAUUAUUGGAAAGCAUUGAUCGGCACUUGCGGUGCCUGGUUCCUCUACGACUUCGUCACGUUCCCCAACGGCGUCUUCUCCGGCACAAUCAUUUCCUCGGUCGUGCAUGACGGGACAAUCCUGCACACGGGUGAAUGGCAACUCCUCCUCGGCGCAAUCGCCCUCCCAGGCGUCUUCCUAGGCGCCGUUCUCUGCGAUCGUGUCGGCCGCAAACCUAUCAUGAUGAUCGGCUUCAGCGGGUACCUCAUCUUCGGCCUGGUAAUCGGCUGCGCCUACGACCGUAUCACCAAGAUCAUCCCUCUCUUCGUCGUCUUCUACGGACUGAUGCAGAGCUCAGGCAACUUCGGCCCGGGGAAUAUGCUCGGGCUGCUUUCAUCUGAAUCGUAUGCUACCGGUGUGCGCGGUACUUGCUAUGGGAUUUCUGCGGCUAUUGGGAAGGCGGGGGCUGCUGUCGGUACGCAGGCUUUCCAGCCGAUUAGGAGCCAUCUGGGUGAUAAGUGGACUUUUAUUGUUGCUGCUAUUUGUGGGGUUGUUGGUGUUCUGGUGACUUACUUCUUUGUGCCUGGUUUGACGGGGGAGGAUUUGAGGGUAAGGGAUGAGAGGUUCCGGGCUUAUCUGGUUACGAAUGGUUGGGAUGGGGAUAUGGGGGAGGAUGAUUUGCAAGCUGCUGCGGAUGAGACGGUUGGUGAGGGCAUUCCUGGUGAUAAGGUUGUGGAUCAGACAGUUAGGAGUUAG